AUGUCGGCCCCGGCGACGACCAAAGGACCCUCCUCUUCCUCCUUAGGGGAAAAGCGGUUGUUGAAGAUCAAAGUCCGCUCGCAAGACCCGGUCGGGGAGUACGAGUUUUCCUUGUGCGCGACGACGAAAAUCCUCGCUCUGAAGAAACUGGUGGAAACGAAAUCUGGAGUGAAACCCGCGGAACAGCGGAUUUUGUGUCGAGGUCGCUUGGUCGCGGACGAGACGAGCUUAUCCUCGGCGCCGGUGGAAAAUAACGACGUGUUGUUGAUGGUGAGGAAAGCGCCCGAGUCCGCGACGGCGAGGACGCCGGAAGGGUUGAGGAAUGAUCCGCACGCGCCGCAUAAUCGGGAGAAUGGGAUGAGAGGGAGGGGUUCCGGUCUUCGGUCCAUCGAGGAAGUUAUGGGCCGCGCCGUCGGCGGCGGCGGCGGCGAGGCUGUGUUUCAAAGGUUGAACAUUCCAGGUUUACCGCCGGGCGUGGAGGUUGUCGGCGGGAUGACCAACAUGAUGAUGCCACCGAACGCGAGGAUGUUAGGAAGCAUGGCGUUUAGCGGGACCAAUCCGGAAGCUUUCGAUCCGCAAAGAAUUGGAAGCAUGAUUCUAUCGCAGAUAGUAGGAGCAGACCGCGCGGGUGGCGGGUUGGUUCAACCGCGCGCCGAUGCGACAGGUCAGCGGGCGGAGGAGCGCCGAGGAAGGGGACAAAACACCAACACUGGAACAAAUCCUUCAUCGAAUAACCGAACUUCGUCGUCGUCGAGAGAGCGGCGACCAACUCACGGGUUACAACCGCCUAGAUUCCCAACCGACGAGGACGGUUUUGGCGCCAACGGAUCCGUUCAUACGCAAGUCUUUGAUACUCCGGACGGCCCGGUUGCGGUGGAAAUUGAGAUGGGCGCGAUGAUGCCAGAUGGUUUCCCGAUGAUGUUCUCGUCGCCGCCGAGACGAAGGAGAGAAGAUGCAGAAAGAGGAACAGGAAACGGCGCGCCACCGCCAGCGGCGAGAGAACAAAAUACUACCACCACCACCAACAUCAACAUCAACAACAACAACAACAACAACAACAACAGUAAUAGAAGAAAUUCCCGCACGAAUCCCGCGCAAACGCUUGCAACCUACGCCAUGCGGCUAGAUCGACAUUUAGCGGCCUCACAGCAGCAGCAGCAAGAGCAACAGAACCCACAAGAAGACGAACAUCUCGAAAGCGUCGUGCAUCACGGCGUCUGCUGUGAUGCAUGCGACGUGAUGCCAAUUCGCGGCGCGAGAUACAAGUGCACAAACAGAGAUGACUACGAUUUGUGUUCGGAGUGCCAUUCUCGAUUGUACGGAGGAGUAGACAGAAGUGCGUUGCAAUUCCAUCGAUUAGUCUAUCCGUUACCGAUUGGUUUGAUGGAUGGGAGAGAAAUUUCCUUGUUCGGCGACGACUCGGAAUCCGAUUCCGAAGAUUUCGUCCCAGAAGCUGCCCCGGUUUUCACGCACGAAACAACUACGAACGCUGUCCCCGGUGCUGCGAGUGAUAACGCAAACGCUAAUACCUUUGCAAACGGUAUCUCAACGGCGCAAGGAGACGUCGACGCGUUGACAACCGCCCUCGAUGUUGCAUCGAGAUCUGCACAGCGUCUUAUCCCGCAGCUCACGCAGUUGAGCGCACGCGUGCGAUCCGGUGACAUUUUUCAAAGCGCUCCGAACGCGUCCUCGUCGCAGGAGAGACGAGAUGAUAAUGCACAAGCCGUCAUAAAUGGCGAAAUUCUCGAACUUGCGAGCCAAAUGCAUGCGAUUGGCGCACUUUGGACGGAAUUGGCGCGCGGCGUAUCAUCGGUCGCCCCUGCGGCCUUACCGGCUUCAGCGUUCGCUCCCUCUUUUUCGCCGGCUAGCGCGAGAAGACAAUCGACGAUUCAAUAUAUGAAUUCGAUCCGAGCGGCGACGGCCGCGGCGACGGGGGCACCGGCGCGUGCUGCGGCACCAGCUGGAAACGAGCGAAGAACUGAGGUUGGCAACGGCGUUUACACGCAAAACGUGAGUGCAUCGCGAAGUUUCCGCUUACCGCGAACGGUAUACUUGGAUCGUUCAAGCGCGUUUGCCACGGUCAUUCCAGCGAUGGUAUCGCCAGCAACUCUCGCGCAAAUGCAUAGAUAUACAAUGCAGGAUCCCGAAUCGGCCCAACCGUCUUCUCCUCCGGCCGAAAGAAACGAUGUUGGUUCUUUUGAUGGCAUUCGCCACCUUGGCUGGGCGCCCCCUCCGCGAAACCUGCCGGAAGGCCAUCAGUCCGCGCCAUCGGCUCUCAUUUCUGCCAACACAGAGAUGAUUCGCAACGAACUUCGCGAGAGAGGCACAGCCGAGUUUGCCGAGAAUUUUGAGAGAGCCCUGAACCAGUUCAUGAGGGAUGGUCAAGUUGUCGGCGCGCCUAGCCCCUCCCCGCCGUCGUCUCGAGCUACUCCUACCGCUCCUCGUCAACCUACGGCGGCGACGGUGGCGAGGAGAACGGCGCAGAGACGAGCGAAUGCGAACCGCGCUGCCACGGCUGCUCCCGACGCUACCAACAGACGCAGAGGCGGCGGAUCUGAUGGUCAAAGAGAAGGAGCAGGCGCCAACGCCGACGCGCCUGCUCCAAAGCGCACGAGAAGAGGAGGAUAA